UAGCAAACAAGAGGAAUGCAAGUUUUUUCACAUAACUUGUGCGCGUGUAUCAAUCAAUAAUCAAGUGUGAAUUGUGUGCAAUGCACGUUUGUUAUCAAUGGAAUUGCGAAUUGUGCUGAUUUGUGUGUUCAUCAGUGUGCUGGAUCAGUCCGAUGGCCAAGACUUAAGAUCAGUUGCAGCUGCGCCUUUGGAUAGCGGAAGGCUGCAGCCGGCAGCCAAAGCAUCUCUGAUACCGAGUGUGUGCCGCAAGGCUCAAAAUGGCAGCAGCAGUCUGAGUGUGGAGAUUCAGUUGCCCUUCAUGGACAUGGAACUGCAUCACGAGGGUCAGUUGCAUGUGCUGCAGGACGAACAGUUGCUGCUGGUGCUCCAUGGUCACGAGCUCUUCCAGUGGCACAUUGCUGGUGAGGACAAGCGACUGGUCCGCCUGGGUCAACUGGAGGGUCGAGUGCGUCAACAAUUGUCCGCAGUGGCCGCUGCUGUUGUGCUGUGGCAUGAGGAUCUCUUGUUCGCUGUGGCGCUGCCCGAUACGCUGGAGUUCUAUCAGUUGCCGCAGGAGCAGCUGUUGAACAGCACCCAAUGGCAUCUGCUGCCCAUCCAAGAGUUCAGCCUGCCGGGCAAACUGCAUCAGCUGCAGCUGCUCAAGACCAAGCUCGAUCAAGUUGUGCUCCUCCUCACCGUCAACUCCACGCAGACGCAGUCGAAAUGCAUCACCUUUGAAUGGCUGGACACCUACUUUAAUCCCGUGUCCGAGCUCAAUCUCCCCGCCCUAGAAGCCUUUCAGGUGGUUGGUCAUCAACCGUAUUAUAUCAUCACUGGUCGCUCGCUGCGCACUCAGUCUGCACUUGUGCUCACUGUUUAUGAACUGGAGACACCUUCGCUGCGUUUGCGACGUCGUCAGAGCCUCACUGUCCAUGCUCGUCAUGUGAGAACAACACGCUUCCGAGGACGCAAUCAUCUGAUUGCCUGUGGACGCAAUGCGACUGCCUCGUGUCUUCUAUUCCGCAUGGUCGAUGGCAACUUUGUGGUCUACCGCAAGCACAUGCUGCAGCAGCUGCACUUCACUCACUUGGCGUCCUCACCACGUGGUCAACUUGUUGCUGCCACACGUGGCAAUGGCGAGGUGUUGGUCUUCAACAGCCAUCGCUUCGAUUGCUACAGCGGCUUUGGUGCAGAUCCCAAUCCCAGUGGCGUCUAUGUCCAUCGUAAUCCCCUGAACGAGACCUUCCUCAUGCUGGCCUAUCAACGGCAGUCGAACGUCACUUUGCUGCGCAUGGUACAGCUCGGAGGUUCGAAUGAUACAGCAGGCAACAGUCUCGAUGGUAGCGAUGAUUUGAGCAGCGUGCAAGUGCAUCGACAUGAGUUCGAGGAGUCAAUCAAUGCGCUGCGCAGUCUGCUGUUGCGUCGCAAACAGAAGAUGGAUGCACUGCAUCGCCUCACGCUCUCGAUGAAGAGCAAGCAGAAGGAGUUGCACUUGGGAAGUGGUUGCCACGUUGAACAGGUGCACCUUCAAGGUGAACAUCUGCAGACUCCGAUGCAGUUGAAGCACCGCUUGGAGCAACUGCGUCAGCAUUAUGCUGUCAACCGGCGUUCAGUGCGUUCCUUUGGCGUGGGCAACGACUCCAGUUCGAUGGGGCAAGAGGUGCUCAAGGUGCGGCGUCUGCAUGUGCGCAAUCUCAUCUACAACGGUGAACUGAUGCCAAAUUACUAUGUGGACAACUCGAGUUCACCCAUUCUGACCAUCAAGGGAACCGUGUUGACCAACAAGCUACAAACACAGCAGCUGCUCACCCCGCAGAACUACAAGCGUCCGAGUCGCGCCAUCGAUCCGCUGCAACAACAAGUUGGCCAAGGCAAUCUUGUGGUGCGGCAACUGCAUGUGGCACGCAUCAACAAUGUGUCGUGGUUCGAUUUCUAUGAUUCGCUCUUCCUGCAAUCGCGUGACAAUCUCAUCGAGGGUCGCCUCAUUGUCCAGUCACGGGCGAGAAUCGUCAACUUGGAGACGCCACUGCUCAAUGGUCUGGUUGUGGAUCAGCUCUUCAAUCUGCGGCAGCCACAGCUCAUCUCCUCCAACAUCUUCAUGUCCGCCUUCUUUGUGCCCAAGCUGGAGGCCAAGCUCAUAAAUGGCCUCGACUUUGCCAACGAUAUCGUCUUUCGUGGCGACAACGCAACGUUAAUUAAAACUCCAGUGCACAUCUAUCAAAUGAACGUCUCGGGCAGUCUGCUUGUGGCCAACGACACCAAGUGGAGACGCAACAGGACGCCAGAAACGGAGACGGAGACGGAGACGGAAGGAAGUGUGGAGAACAGACUGCAGCAGUAUUACACGGGCAGCGUCAUUCUGAAUGGUUCACUGACCGUUCAAAAUGUGGUAAGGGACACGAAUGCAACACAACUGCUGUUGGGUGAACAAUCAUUAAGGCAGCAGGAUCUGCACAAGGAUUACUUGUUGCUGCAAGGAGAACAACAACUCGCUGCCUUGAUGUUUGGCAAUGCCAAAGUGACGACUCCGCAGCUGAACAGCAACCACAUCAAUGGACAUCCAGUGGCCGAGCAUCUGCUCGAUGCAGAGCAGCAAUUGGUGAACGAAGCAAAUGCGAAACCUUUGCACAUCAUCUUCAUGGAUGCACAGAUCGAGGGCGAUCUACGUUGCAGCAAUUACACGACACGUCUCGCACAGAUCGCCAAGGAUGCAGUGCGUCAGGGUGAAACGGCGAUAAUCACUGGCCACAAACAAUUCGAAGCCGAACUCACAGUUGAAACGCUGCACAGCAAAAAGUUGAAUCAUCAUGGCAUCGACAUCGCUGAUGAAUUUGUGCUAAAGUCACAACCGAUGCAGAACUUUAGCCAUCUGAAGAGUUUCGAGCGCAUUGUGGUGAAGCAGCAGGCAACAAUCGGUGACGAUUUAACUGUGCAGGAGCUGAACAGUUUGCCGAUGGCGCAGUUGCUGCAACGUGGCUACAGUCUGCAGCGUUUGGAACUUGCCACCGCAACAACGCCGCAGUUGCAACACUUGCAGUUCCAGCGUCUCAACAAUCUGGCCUUCGACGAGCUGCUCGGACUGUUGAGCGUGAACGAGGAGGAGCAACAGUUGCUGCUGCACAAGCAACUCAUCAUCGAGGGCAACGUGCGCUUCGAGCAGCCGCUGCAGUUGCACACAAUCAACGGCAUCCAAUGGGAUAGCUACGUGCAACGUCUGGUCAAUUCGCAGACAAAUACACUGAUCGAGGGCCAGAAGAUCUUUGGGGAGACGGUGCUGCUCACGGAUGCGUUGCAGGUGCCGAGCAUCAAUGGCUUGGACCUCAGUGCGUUGCUGGACAACACGCUGUUGCGUUCAACGCCACAAUCGAUCAGCGGCAACUACAACAUUGGUCGCAUAACUGUCGGCAAUCUCGAUGUGCCCGCAGUGAACGAGGUGCCAGCGAGCAGCUUCAUCGACACACGGCAAAAGCAAAAGCCGUUGCAACUGCGCGGCAAUCUCAAUGUGCAACAGUUGAGCAUCAACGGCAGCCUCAGCUGUCAGAUGGCCAACGAUCCGCUGCCGCAGCUGGACACGCAGCUGGCUGCAAUGCAGCAACGUCAGCAAUGGGGCAACAUCUGGGUGCUGGGCGAUGCUUUGUGGCAGCAAUCGGAUGCAACAGUUGAUGAGCAACCACAGCUCGACUAUUUGCGGCAGCAUGCGGUGCGACGUCGCGGUGGCGCCACACAAACCAUCAGCGGUCAAGUGACAUUAAAGCAGCCGCAAUUUAACAAGCUGCAAACGCUGCAAAACUUUCCAACCUCACUCAACCUAACCCACAUGGCAGCCGAUGCAUUGUUGCGUCAAUCGAAUGCCACACAAAUCGUCAGCGCGCCACAACUGUUUGUGCAACAUGUGCAAGCAGGAGUUGUCAGGACCCUGAAAGAUUGCCACGUGCAGCUGCUCAACGAGUUCGAUCCCACGCGACUGAAUGCCUCGCUCUAUCGCCGCUCCAGUGGUCAACCGAUUGCUGCACAGCUGCGUUUCGUUCAGCCUCCCGAUGUAAAGCGGCUUUCAGUGGAAGGUCGCCUCAAUGGCGGCGACUUGGCUGCCAUCUUCGAACAGUCAGCGAUUGCGGUUUGGCCAGCGGUGCAGUUGCAACAGUUGCACGUGCAGCAGCAUCUCCAGCUCGACGAGAUCAACGGCAUGCAUCUGGAGUUCUUGCUGCAAAAUCGCGUCCCACUUCGCAGCUCUCAACCCUUGGAGCUCUUUGGCACGCUCAGCUUCGAGCAGUUGGAGCUGGGCGCAAACAUUCGAAUGCGCAGCAUCAACGACAUCGCGCUCUCUCAGGUGGUCUACAAGCAUGGCGAGCGAUUGCAGGCGAUCAGCGGUGCAAAGACCUUUGAUGGUGGCAUCGUGUUGCAUGGACCGGCGCAUGUGAUGCAGCUGAAUGGACGCGAUCUGAGCGACAGCUAUCAGCAGAGCAUCUUCACGGAUCGCGACUACAGCAUCGAUAGCCUGCGGCUGGAUGGCGCCACCUUUGAGGCAGGUUUGCUGCCCCUUAUCGAGCAGCAGGCGCGUCAAGCUGCGGCAGGAGGAGAGGAAUUACUGCCACAGCAGUUGCAGCAACUGGAGCAGCAGCUAAAGAGCAGCCAGGCGCAGCAUACGCAACGCUUGCGCUACUUGGACUACGAGCCGCAAGUUUAUGCGGCCAUUUGGAAUGCCACCGAGAGUGCAACAGAAGACGACAGCGAUGUGGAAGCUGCGAUUGUGAGCAGCAGCAGCUGUCAGCAGCAGGAGCUGCGUGCCCGUCUCUCCAGAGCGCAGCAGCGUGUGCUUAUAAGCCACGAGCAGCGUGUGUUGCAUGCCACGGCGCAGCAAGGCGCGUUGCACGUCCAGGCGGACAACAAUUGCCAGGCAUCGAAGUUGAAGUUCAAGUUGAAGUCGAAGCUUCGCAGUCGCAUUCACAUCACAUGCCGUGGAGAGCAGCAUACACUUGGCAUGCGGCAACAUGUCCGACAGUUGCAACUGCUCGAGUUGCCACCACAAUUCAGCGGCAACAAUCUGUUGCUGCUGCUGGGCACCUUAGAAGAGGUUCGCGUCUUGCACAUCAACAUGGCCAACUGCAGUCUGAGUGAUUGGCAAUCGUUGCCACAUGGUGCAGCUCAGCUCAUGCAGGUGUUGCAACUACCUGACGCUGGUGGCACCUUCCUGUUGACCGCUCCUGCUCCUGCUCCUGCUCUUGAGUUGCCUGCCUUGGCUGUGCAUCGUCUGGUGACGGCGAGUCAACGCUUUGAGCCCUUGCAACUCAUCGAGGGCGACUUCGAUCUGGCGGAGUUGCAACAGUCGCAACUCUUUCUCAGUUGUCGCCGCUGUCGUCGCAUCGACGUUCACGAGUUCGACGCCGAGUUGCAACACUUUCGGCCGCUGCAACAGCUUCGUCUUGAGGCACGCGUGCAACAAUUGUUGCCUUUUGCUGUGGGCCAAGAGCAACAUUUGCUUGUGCUCACGUUAGGCGGCUCCUCCAACUUUUAUCUGCUCAGCUAUACGCAUUUGGGGGCGUGGCAGCCACGCACCUACGGACAAAUGGGCGACGUCCUUUGGUCCUGGCCACUCAUCCAACCAGGCGAGCAACUACGUCGAACAACUGCGGUCCUCUUGCUUUGUGGCGAGCUGCACUGCAACGAAGUGAGCGCCUUACUCGAUUAGUUGGGGUAUUCCCUGGUCCCUGUUCCUGUCCACAAAUAUAAUUUGUUGUUGUUGUCGUUCAGGUAUUACGAUCUCUUACUGUAUAUACCACAUAUAAAUAUAUUUGCAUGUAUGAAAAACCUUUAUGAAAUUUCGAUUAGACUUUCCUAAGUUGGGGUAUUGUUUUCAAGUGUAUUUCGAUAUUAUAUUAAAUUAAUACUGCAC